UCGGGAUCACCUGUAAACUGCUCCUUUUCCGGAAGUCGAGCGUUUGUUUGUAAGUCAUUGCCGCAAAGAAAAUCCGCGGCAUCUAAAGAGUCUUGGGGCACUUGUUAUGGGACCUGACUAGCAGCUAUUGUGAUUGACCAUCUUUCUUUAUGGCAGGGUCUGUAGAUAUACACUCAGGAUCAGAGCAGAUGUCUCACAAAGCACAUUGCAGGAUUUCCAGUGAACAGAUGGAGAAAGAGCUCUGCUGAUGCUCAUUCUUGGAACCUUUGUUGUUAUCUAAUUUUUCCAUGUUGUUUAAUCCUUGAGUUGCUCACCAAUGUUCCACAAUGGCACAGGAAACUCACAAAAAAACAAACUUUUCAACACUUGCUGGACAUACCAAUGGUCUCACAAAGUCCUCAGCCUUGACCUCUAAGCCCACAGCUUCCAAAAAAUUAAUUAUUAAAAAUUUUAAAGAUAAACCAAAACUGCCUGACAGCUAUACUCAGGACACAUGGCAAAAACUCCAGGAGGCAGUGAAUGCCAUAGAAAGCAGCACAUCUAUAAAAUACAACCUGGAAGAGUUAUACCAGGCUGUAGAAAAUUUAUGCUCCUAUAAAGUUUCUCAUACCCUUUACAAACAACUUCGUCAAGUAUGUGAAGAACACAUGAAAGCUCAAAUACAUCAGUUCAGGGAAGAAUCUCUAGACAGCUUUUUAUUUUUAAAAAAGGUUAACAGAUGUUGGAAGGAUCACUGCAGACAAAUGAUUAUGAUCAGAAGUAUUUUUUUAUUUUUGGAUCGUACUUAUGUCCUUCAAAACUCCAUGCUUCCAUCAAUAUGGGAUAUGGGAUUAGAACUGUUUCGCAGCCAUGUUAUCAGUGAUAGGAUGGUUCAGAACAAAAUGAUUGAUGGGAUCCUGAAGCUCAUUGAGCAAGAACGCUCUGGGGAGGCUGUAGAUCGAAGCUUGCUGAGAAGUUUAUUGGGCAUGUUGUCGGACUUACAAGUGUACAAAGAGUCAUUUGAGGCGAAAUUUUUAGAGGAAACAAACUGUUUGUAUGCUGCUGAAGGCCAAAGGCUGAUGCAAGAAAGAGAGGUACCUGAGUAUCUUCAUCAUGUGAACAGGCGUUUAGAAGAAGAGGUGGACAGAGUUAUUACAUAUUUGGACCAUGGGACACAUAAACCACUGAUUGCUUGUGUGGAAAAACAGCUUCUAGGCGAGCAUUUAACUGCUGUUUUGCAAAAAGGUUUGAAAAAUAUGCUUGAUGAAAACAGAGAUGCAGAAUUGACUCUGAUGUAUCAACUCUUUAGUCGGGUUAAAGGUGGUCAAAUAAUACUACUGCAGCACUGGGGUGAAUAUAUUAAGAAUUUUGGAAGUGGAUUAGUUGUUAAUCCUGAAAAAGACAAAGACAUGGUUCAGGAGCUCCUGGAUUUCAAGGAUAAAGUAGACCACAUAAUAGAAGUUUGCUUCCAGAAGAAUGAGAAGUUUGUGAACACUAUGAAAGAAUCAUUUGAAACUUUUAUCAAUAGAAGAGCAAACAAGCCAGCAGAACUCAUAGCCAAAUAUGUGGAUUCCAAGUUACGCUCUGGAAACAAAGAAGCAACAGAUGAAGAACUGGAGAGACUUCUGGAUAAAAUAAUGAUCAUAUUUCGAUUCAUCCAUGGCAAAGAUGUUUUUGAAGCCUUUUACAAAAAAGAUUUGGCUAAAAGACUGCUGGUUGGGAAAAGUGCCUCUGUAGAUUCUGAGAAGUCAAUGCUUUCUAAACUUAAACACGAAUGUGGUGCUGCAUUUACCAGUAAGCUUGAAGGGAUGUUUAAAGAUAUGGAACUCUCCAAAGAUGUAAUGGUUCAGUUCAAGCAGCAUAUGCAAAACCACAGUGACCCAGGCAACAUAGACUUGACCGUGAAUAUACUGACAAUGGGAUACUGGCCAAGCUAUACCCCAAUGGAUGUCCAUUUACCAGCAGAGAUGGUGAAACUUCAGGAAGUAUUUAAGACCUUUUAUUUAGGAAAACACAGUGGCAGAAGACUACAGUGGCAGUCAACACUUGGCCAUGCAGUUCUGAAGGCUGAUUUUAAAGAAGAGAAAAAAGAACUGCAAGUGUCGCUCUUUCAGACCUUGGUACUUCUCUUGUUUAAUAAGGGGGAUGACAUUGGCUUUGAAGAAAUUAAAAUCACAACUGGAAUUGAGGAUAAUGAACUGAGAAGAACACUGCAGUCCCUUGCUUGUGGUAAAGCCAGAGUUUUAAAUAAAUCACCAAAGAGCAAAGAUGUGGAGGAUGGAGACAAGUUUUGCUUUAAUGCCGACUUUAAGCACAAACUAUACAGAAUCAAAAUAAACCAAAUACAAAUGAAAGAAACUGUAGAAGAACAAGUUAAUACAACAGAGAGGGUUUUCCAAGACCGGCAGUAUCAGAUUGAUGCAGCUAUUGUGCGCAUAAUGAAGAUGAGAAAAACCCUCACUCAUAAUCUUUUGGUCUCUGAGCUUUACAAUCAACUGAAAUUCCCUGUAAAGCCAGGAGACUUGAAGAAAAGAAUUGAAUCCCUCAUAGAUAGAGACUACAUGGAAAGGGACAAAGACAAUUCAAAACAGUACCAUUAUCUGGCAUGAACAACAAACCUGGACUUUAAUAGAAAACAAAGCUGCAGCAGUCGCAAUAAAGAACCAGCGCUUAAUUUCUCUCUAGUGUUCCUGCUCUGAGUGACAAGAAAAUAUCUUCAUGCCCCGUCCCCAACGUACCUUAGGAAAUUUGAAUUUGUUUUCUUUAUCAUAUAUUCUUGUUUGUGUGACAGCUUAGAAUGGAUUGUUGCUAGUUUAAUGGCACAAAUACACUGCAUUUUUUUUUAAUUUUUAAUUUUUUUUCUGUUAUAGCAUUUGAUCUCACACCAUAAGGGUCAGGCCACACAUGACGUUUUGGGGAGAUUUGGUCGCCUGGCGACUAAUCGCCUUGUUUUUGCGGCGACCAAUCUCCCCAAACGCCUGUCCCUCAGUGCUGCAAUAUUUAUUACUGGCUAUGAGGAUUACAAUCAGGAGACUUGUGUUGUGUUAUCUUGGUGGUCAGGAAAUAAACCAGCUAUAAAACAAAACUUUCUGUGUAGCUGCAUAACAGACUGUGCUAGAUCUCCCAAUAUCUACUUAUUUUUAAUUGGCAUUUGGAGUUUGGACAAGAUAAAAAGAAAUUGUCUCUGCCUUACUGAUUUCUUAGUGAUGCAACAUACACAGAAGGAGCCCUUUGUCUUCAGCAGAGGAGCGAUGUGUUGUGUUUCUGCUCCAUAUACAUAUGUAAAUUAGGGGACUUUUUCUCACACAGAAAAUUACUUUCCAGUCAGUCCCCCAAUCAUUUCUUCAUCCAAAAACACAGCAACUUCUGAUCAGCCAGGCAUACAUCAAUCUACAAUCCUCCCUGUUUGCACUCAACUACAUACAUUCCCAAGUGAGCUAUUCAUUGAUACACACCAUCCAACAACAUCUAACUGCACAUUCUUCUGAACACCACACCUAUUUAACUGCCAUUUACCAGCCACAUCACCUAUGAACUGCUCUCAUGGAUACAUCACUACCUGAAUCCUGCUACACACACAGUCAUUCCACAAUAUGCCAAGACAAACAUGUACACAUAUCCUUCCUCCAGAAAAGUCAUCCAACCAUGCAAAGCCAACUACAAAUACCCACAGCUAACCACAUCCAUUGAACCACACAGCACACAUACUCCUCAAACCCAAACUACACAUCAGUCUGCCAACACUCCCAUAAAUCAACAACUAUCAUCCAUAAAGCACCACGCUACUCAAACACAUUCAUCUGUUUACCUCUAUGGUAACACAGUCCCUUAAAGGGGUGGUUCAUUGUUGAACUUUCAAAUGGGGGCCACUGACCCCCUCUAAAAAAAACAAAUGUUCUUUAAGGCUACAAAUGUAUUGUUAUUGCUGCUUUUUAUUACUCCUCUUUCUAUUCAGGCUUCUCCUAUUCAUAUUUCAGUCUCUUAUUCAAAUCAAUGCACGGUUGCUAGGGGAAUUUGGACCCUAGCUGAAAUUGCAAAUUGAAAAGCUACUGAAUAAAAAGUGAAAUAACGCAAAAAAACCCACAAAUAAUAACAAAUAAAUUGUCUCAGAAUAUCAAUCUCUACACCAUACUAAAAAUUAAACAACCCCUCUCUAUUUUGAACUUUCCACUGCAAACACAGCUAUGCAACUGUGCACAAAUCCUUUCUCCAUCACAAACAUCCAACCGACCUAACCUGUUUGCAACAACACCCGCGCACACUUCUGUCCACAAACAUACCCAAUCGAAUAUGCCGAUCAAUGUCUUUCUCUUUCUCCCUCUAUGUCUGUCCUUCUUUUUUGUGUAUUAAAUAUUGUUUCAUUAGUUUGCCUUACCAUGUGACAUUGAAAAACUGAUAAAGCAAACAGUAUUGCAGUAACUGUUGCUGCAAUUUCCAGGAACAUUCAAUAUGCAAUUUCUAAAAUUAUUUGAAAUUAAUUUGCUUGUUUACAGUAAACAAUGUAAGCUAUGGGCAUUUGCUUUUGCUAAUAAAAUAUUUAAAGCA